AUGGCGGCAUUCUCUCAGCACCCUCUAUCUACGGGAUGGAGCUUCAAAGAUAGCGAUGAUCAGUCUCCUGAAGCGUGGAUGCCGGUACCUGUCGUUCCUUCCGUGGCUCAUCAGGAUCUACAAGCCAAUCAGAAGCUGAAGAAUCCUUACAUUGGUUUCAAUGAACUAGAUGCCCGAUGGGUGAAUGAAAAGUCAUGGACCUACCGAACCGUCUUCCAGAAGCCCGCCGUCGCCGCUGGAUCGUCGAUUGUCUUGGCAUUUGACGGGUUGGAUACCUUUGCCACAGUAAAGCUUAAUGGCAGCAUCAUCCUGGAGAGUGACAACAUGUUCCUUGCUCACCGUGUAGAUGUGACCAAGGCGCUUGAGGUGGAGGGAGACCAUGUGCUGGAAAUCGAUUUCGACUGUGCCAUGCGCAGAGCACGAGAGCUUCGGGAGAAAGAUACCAAACAUAACUGGGCUUCUUUCAACGGCGAUCCAGCCAGAAUGGCAGUCAGAAAAGCCCAAUAUCAUUGGGGCUGGGACUGGGGCCCACUCUUGUCAACUGCAGGUAUCUGGCGGGAGGUGCGGCUUGAGGUAUACUCCACUAGGAUCUCAGAUCUUUGGACGGAGGUGGAGCUCGCACCGGACCACCAGACAGCUCAGAUUUCGGCUUUCACUGAAGUGGAUGCUGCGGAAUCAAUUGACUCUUACAAGGCCAGCUUCGUGCUUAGUCUCCACGGCAAGGAGGUCGCUCGUGAGGUGGCUACUUUGAAGGACAGGGUUACGAAAGUGACAUUUGACGUCAAGCAGCCGUCUCUUUGGUGGCCCAACGGCUAUGGUGACCCGACUCUGUAUGAGAUUACCGUGUCCUUGGAGAAAGAAGACCAGGGGAUUCACAGCGCGUCGAAGAAGAUUGGCAUUCGAACUGCAGAACUUAUUCAGCAGCCUGACAAGCAUGGGAAGUCGUUCUUCUUCCGAAUCAACGGGGUCGAUGUCUUCUGUGGCGGCUCAUGCUGGAUUCCGGCCGAUAAUCUCUUGCCCAGCAUUACUGCUGAGCGGUAUCGCAAAUGGAUUGAGCUGAUGGUUGCUGGCCGCCAGGUAAUGAUCAGAGUGUGGGGUGGUGGUUGCUACGAGGAUGAUAGCUUCUAUCAAGCAUGCGACGAACUCGGAGUCUUGGUAUGGCAAGACUUUAUGUUUGGCUGUGGCAACUACCCAACAUGGCCCGAGCUCCUGGAGUCGGUUGAGAAGGAGGCGAACUAUAACGUGCGCCGACUGCGCCAUCACCCGUCAAUUGUGGUGUAUGUUGGGAACAACGAAGACUACCAAGUGCAAGAAAGUGCGGGUCUUGUCUAUGACUACGAAGAUAAGAACCCUGAGAAUUGGCUGAAGACCGAUUUCCCAGCGCGCUACAUAUAUGAGAAGCUCCUUCCCUCUGUUGUUGAAAAGCUGUCGCCAAAAACGGUUUACCAUCCGGGGAGCCCUUGGGGUGAUGGAAAGAUCACGUCCGAUCCUACAGUGGGCGAUAUGCAUCAGUGGAAUGUCUGGCAUGGAACUCAGGAGAAGUAUCAAAUCUUUGAUACAUUGGGAGGGCGUUUCAACAGCGAGUUUGGAAUGGAAGCAUUCCCCCAUAUGUCGACGAUCGAGUAUUUCGUGGAGAAUGAAGCGGACAAAUACCCUCAGUCGCAUGUUCUCGACUUCCACAACAAGGCCGACGGACACGAGCGAAGGAUUGCUACAUAUCUUACAUACAUUUACCUCACACAGGUUGUCCAGGCCGAAACAAUGAUGUUCGGAUACCGUGGAUGGCGUCGUCAAUGGGGUGAUGAAAGACAUUGUGGCGGUGCCCUGCUUUGGCAACUAAAUGACUGCUGGCCCACUAUCUCCUGGGCCAUUGUAGACUAUUUCCUGCGGCCCAAACCGGCAUUUUAUGCCGUGGCACGUGUUCUGAAGCCCAUUGCUGUGGGUGUGCGGAGGGAGCAUCAUGAUUGGAGUGUGACCCACGCACAGCCGCCGAAGACGAGCAAGUACGAGCUCUGGAUUGCCAGUAGCUUGCAGAAGGAAACUGUUGGCACCAUCGAGCUUAGAUUCCUUUCUGUCAACACUGGGCUUGAUGUCCGUGCGCCCAUUCUGCGUGACAACGUCAAAAUAGUGCCGAAUGGUACUACAAACAUCCUGGAAGGUGUCAUUGACCAUAAGGAACAGCCGGAGCCUCACGUUCUCGCUGCUCGACUAUGGGUGGAUGGUGAGGUUACCGCCCGCGAUGUGGAUUGGCCCCAGCCAUUCAAGUACCUUGAUCUAUCGGAUCGGGGACUGGAGGUGAACAAGGUUUCAGAAUCUGGUAACGAGCAGAAGCUGCUGCUCACCGCGAAGAGACCUGUUAAGUGCCUCGUCUUCGAGGAAAGAGAUGGCAUCAAAGUCAGCGACAGUGCCAUGGACAUCGUCCCGGGAGAUGGGCAAACGGUCACCAUAACCGGGCUGAAGUCGGGUGAUGCUCCUCUGAAGUACAAGUAUCUUGGCCAGUGA